GAAUUAUGCCGUGGUGGGCGGAGCUGGAAUGUACGUGCUGCGCUCGCCACUCAGAGCAGACGGGGCAGCUGGGGAGGCAGCGGGAGCAGCGGGUGCAGGCACUGCUGGAGCGAGUGGCUCAGGUGGAAACUCAGGUGGAAAUUCAGGAGCAGGCCGCCAGCUGCAGCAGCAGCAGCAGCAGCAGCAGCAGCAGGGGCGGCUGGUGGUGCGGCAGCUGAGCUUUGAGGGCAACAGGGCGCUGUACCUGCAGGCGGCGGCCUUCUUUGAGGCUACCACGGACCGCCAGAUGCGGUCGCGCUCUGUCAAUGGGGUCAUCACCAUUCCGUCCAUUGGGAUUCAGGUUACACCAGAGGAGGCGCAAUCCUUUGAAGUCACGGUCACCCUCUCAUCCCCUGCCAACGCUUUUCCAUCUGUCACCCGCGCGUUCAACAUCUCCUUCUGCUCCUCUGGCCAGUUCUUGAAUGCCACGUCCCUCACCUGCCAGGACUGCUUAGUCGGCCACUGGUGCGAGGCUGGGCAGCCUAUGCAGCCGUGUCCAGGCGGCCUCUUCUCCUUCUACCCGCGUGCAGCCAGCCCAUCAGAGUGCAUCCCGUGUGACGACGACAACCUCGAGUGCACCGACGGCACGCUCACCGUCGCCUACCAGAGCUGGCUGGACCUGCAGUCGCUAAACAACACCCCGACUACAUAUAGCUGUCUGGUGGCGGACGGGUGUGUGGGGUACGAGUACAACGAGCAGUGGGGGCAGACGACUAGUCAAGGCGUGAUGAUCCAGUGCCAGCAGGGCUACGACGAGAGCAUCCCCACGUGCGCAGGAUGUGUCGACGGCUACUUCCUAGUGCUGCAGCAGUGCACUCAGUGCAGCAGCACUCUAACAAGGGUGUUUCCCCUCCUGCUCAUCCUGGUGAUCCUGGCGUGGGUGGGGAUGAACGUGCUGGCCGACACCUUCAGCAGCAUGGACAUCUUCCUCAACGAGCUGCAGCUGCUCGUUAUGAUCGCCUCCUUCAACCUCAACUACCCCGACCGCUGGGUGCAGACCCUAGUCAAGAUCUACAACUUUGCGGUCUUCGAUCCGGACGCCAUAGGCCCGCAGUGCAUCUUCAACUACACCUUCACCUCCAAGUUCUACCUGGGGAUCUUCAUCCCCGUUAUAGGCCUCUUCGUUUACGCGCUGCUGUACGCGCGCCACCGCUGGUGGGGCGGCACCACAUGGUCCCACAUUUACUCGUGGCGCCAGGGGCCCAACCCCCAGGCGAGGCUGAUGCGGUCCGUCACCAGGCGGAGGGCUUAUAACGAGUAUGAGAACUCGAUCGUGCACGCGUCGCUCAAGUGGCUGGACCUGUGCUAUGUGUCGGUGAUGGUCCGCGUGCUGUCUGUUUAUAAGUCAAUGACCAUAGGAGGCGAGGUGCUGAUGGCAGCGGCGCCGCAGAUCGCAUGGUUCUCGCCCACCCACGUGGGCAUGUUCUCUGUCUCUCUCAUCGUCUCCCUCGUCUACCUGCUGGGUUUGCCCCUCUUCUUCGCCUACGUGCUGCUGGACGCCCAUGCCUCCGACGCCCUCUCUUCUAACCUAUUCAAGCAACGAUUCGGCUGGCUCACCGAGCGAUACAAAAGGAACUUCUGGUGGUGGCAUCUAGUCACCAUGCUGCUUAGGCUGCUCCACGCGCUCAUCCUCGUUUUCCUGCAGCAAGACACGCGCGCCCAGAUCGUGAUAAUCCUGCUCAUCCAGGCCCUGAGGAUCGGCUCGCAGUACAAGUCCUCGCCCCUCGCCUCACUCUCCCUAGACUACCUACAAGCCUUCCUCUCCUUGGGCCACUUCUUCUUCACUCUCGGCCUCCUCUGCUUCAACUACAUCAAGCUCUCCGCCUUCUCCCAGGCCGUCUUCGCCCUCUCCUCCCUCCUCAUCCUCGCACCCGCCGCCUGCGCACUCACCUUCGAAGCAAUCAACAAGGACCUAGAGAUAGUCAACCGGCAGCUGCUGUAUCGGGUCUGGAAGGUCGAGCGGCGGAGAAACAAGGCUAAGUACGACAAAAUGGACCCGUACGAUCUAGUCCCGCCGCAGGAGAUCUCAGCCUGGUUCCGCCCGCAUGUCAUAUUCCCGCUGCUCUUAACUAAGCGCGCGCACGAGCGGAAACUUUUGCUUAAGGUCCGGGAUCGCGUACAGACGUGUAAGUUAGCGGGUAUGGCGCCAGUUGACUGGGUGAGCCACCUUAACAAGCCGCAGCUGUACGCGGUAUUGAGUCAGGCUUUAUUGGGCGCGAGCGCGGGGCAUAUCACCAUAGCGAGGGUGCCUAGAAGGGGGAGGUUUUGCAGGGAGCAUGGGCGGUGGCAUGCGGCAGGGGAGGAGUGCUGCUUCCUGGGGACAGCAGGGACGGUGGACGGGGAGGGGGAGGGAACGGGAGUAGGGGCAGGAGGGGCAGGAGCAGGAUCAGGAGGAGCAGCAGGAGGAGCAGGAGGAGCAGGAGGAGCAGGAGGAGCAGGAGGAGCAGGAGGAGCAGGAGCAGCAGUGUCGGCACAGUUGCUGUCAGCAGCGCCUUGGACGCCGAGGAUAGAGAGGCAUGUGAGCUGGGCAUCUCAUGGCAGCAGCAGGGACUUUGACGGCAGCGCCUCUGGCCGCAACGCCACCGCUGCCACCGCCGCUGCUGCUGCUGCUGCUGCGAAUGCUGCUGGCGGAGGUGGUGCUUCGGCCGGCCCUGGCAUGUCCCCCCUCGCUGGAGCGUCCCCCCUCGCUGGCAUGUCUCCCCUCGCUGGCAUGUCCCCCAUACAUGGGCUGUCGCCCUUUGCAGGAGCAGCAAACGCUGGUGCCUCACCCAUCCAUGGGAUGUCGCCGCUGUCAGGCGCGCAUGGUGCCUCGCCCCUACAGGGCGCAUCACCACUAGGGGGAGCGUCCCCCAUACAUGGUAUGUCGCCCCUAGGGGGAGCGUCCCCCAUACAUGGCAUGUCGCCCCUUGCCCCAGCAGCAGCAGGUGGGCCAGGGGCGUCCCCCCUCUCCCGAGUCUCAGGCUCGGGAACCGACAUGGGGGGAGGACAGGAAUCCCCCCUGCCAUUGCCGUUGCAACGAGAGGGAGGAGGAGGAGGGGGGAGACGGAUAGCGGAUGGGGGGAUUGGGCAGGCGAGGACAGAUAGCAUCAAGGUGCAGGGGCUGGUAUCGUGGGAGCAGCAAGGGGCGGGAGGAGCAGGAGGGAAGUUCGAGAGGCUCGGGGGUGGUGGAGGGGCAGAGGGAGGAAUAGAAGAACAAGGAGCAGGGGAGGGAGGGGGGGAGGUGCAAGGAGAGGCAAGAGUGGGAGGAACAGGAGAGGGAGGAGGAGAAGGAGGAGAGGGAGGAGGAGGAGGAGGAGGAGAAGGAGAGGAGGGAGAGGGAGUGGAGUACGUGGAGGCGAAGAUGAAUAUGGCGGAGCUCACUCUGACCUUCCAGCGCCACCUGUCGGUGCUGGUGCGGGCCGAGAAGAAGAAGCGUGAGGACUCGCUGCGGCGCCUGCUGCAAUCCGAGUGCAUCCCGGACAUACUCAGCUGGUUGACCAGCUCUGACUGUGCACAGGACGAUCAGAUGCUGCUGAGGGAGCUAGUGCUGGCAGUGCGUGUGGCGGCGCUAGAAGAGACCGGAGGGCUGGACUGGUUCCGAGGCGUGAGGUGCUUCUACCGCAACAGAUUUGCUUUCAUCAAUGUAGGAAGGAGCAAGAGGAAGGGCGGGGGUGGGGAAAAGAGCAAGGCUGGGGGGAAGGGGGAUGGAGGGAGCAGUCAGGAUGGUACUGGUACCUGUAGGGGCCUUCUUGGGUGGUUUCAGGGAAGCGAGAAGGCAACUGCUGCAGGUUCUGCCUCUGCUUCUCCUGCUGCUGAUACUGCAGCUUCUUCCGCUGCUGGCUGUAUGCCGUCAGGCGGAAGUGGUGAUGUGAAUGGUACCCAUGGCCUCGGAAACAUGUUAUGAGGUCGAUCUACUGGUGAAUCAGUGUAUAACUUGGUAGGUACACCUGCCUCAUGAUGCAUAAUAAACGUUAUUUAUUGUACUUGCUGCUUCUUUCUCUCCCCUUUGAUGCGAGGAUUAGACAUAUGGUAUGCACCAUAUAUCAAAAUGAGUAGUGAGUAGAAUAGAAGGAUACAGGGGUAUACAGACUAGGGGUUGUACCCUCUAAGGCACAGUCCAAUAU